GAUUCCCAGUCCAUCCAAUUUUUCUCAUCUGGGUGGGACCGGCCACUUCCACGUUAAAAUUACAAAACCCGACCGACGCAAUCAAUUAACCCGGAUAUUAUUUUCCACUGAGGGUGUAGCAGUACACUGUCGUCUCUCUGCGAAAACUUCCAUUUAGAUCUUACAUCCUAAUUGGUACGUAUUAAAUUUCACAUUUUUUAUGGAUUCAUCGACAUUGCUAUUCGACCAGCUCAAGGCAGCGGAGCCAUUUUUCCUCUUAGCAGGCCCCAAUGUGAUUGAAUCAGAGGAUCACAUUCUUCAUAUGGCUAAGAAUAUCAAGGCCAUCACUUCUAAGCUUGGGUUGCCAUUGGUUUUUAAGUCUAGCUUUGAUAAAGCUAAUAGGACAUCAUCUAAGUCAUUCCGAGGACCUGGCUUGGAGGAAGGCUUAAAGAUCCUUGAAAGGGUGAAGACAACAUAUGAUCUUCCUGUAGUCACUGAUGUGCACGAGACAAUCCAGUGUGAAGCAGUUGGCAGGAUUGCAGACAUAAUUCAGAUUCCUGCUUUCUUAUGCCGGCAGACAGAUCUGCUUCUUGCAGCUGCCAAGACGGGGAAAAUUAUUAAUAUCAAGAAAGGCCAAUUUUGUGCUCCUUCUGUUAUGGUAAAUUCUGCUGAAAAGAUUAGGUUGGCUGGAAAUCAAAACGUCAUGGUUUGUGAGAGAGGAACAAUGUUUGGCUAUAAUGACUUGAUCGUUGAUCCCCGCAACUUCGAGUGGAUGAGGGAGGCUGAUUGUCCUGUUGUGGCCGAUAUAACACAUUCAUUACAACAACCUGCUGGGAAAAAGCUGGAAGGUGGUGGUGUAGCCAGUGGAGGUCUUCGCGAAUUGAUACCUUGCAUUGCCAGGACAGCAGUUGCUGUUGGGGUGGAUGGAAUUUUUAUGGAGGUGCACAAUGACCCUUUAAAAGCUCCAGUUGAUGGUCCAACUCAGUGGCCUCUUCGCCAUUUGGAGGAACUGUUGGAAGAGCUCAUGGCAAUUGCUAAGGUCAGCAAGGGGAAGCAGCCGUUUCAAAUUGAUCUCACUCCAUUCAAUUCCUGAGAAUUCGGGAGCUUCACAUAGGACUGGGAGCACUUCAGAACUUUCUUCCUAAAAUUUCUAAUUCUUGAUAGUGCAUGGUGUAUGGGCGCCACCUAAUAUUAUCUGGCUCUGGAGAUAUUAUGGAAUGUUUUUAGAAUUGAUUUCAUAUUUUGUAUUAAUGAAUCUGCUAGUGUAUGCAUUAUCAAAUUCUUUCCUAUUCAAUUAUGAUCUUGACGUGCCUUGAUCUUGUAGUUCUUUGUACUCUUGCAAAUAUCAAUAUUGUAUUUGAGUUGGUUAUGUGAGUUGAUGUUGAACCA